GACAUAAUCUUAAUUAGUUUAAUUAAUCCAGUUCGAAACUCCAAGCAUCAUCAAUUAGUUGAAUUGUUUUAUCAAAGAUUACGACUUCAUAUUUAAAUCCUCUCAUUCUGAGGUGGAAUCAUGCAAACUCAACAAUAUUAUAGAUUUUGGAUCAUCCGAUAAAGUUGAAGAUUAGGUGGGUUACACAUAAGUCAAAGCACCUGUAUACAAGAAUUAGGUUAAGGGCACAAAGGAGGUGAAGCACUAUUUUAAUCCUUAAUGACCUUAGAGCAUACCAAGAUUGUUAACAAAACCAUAGCUAACUAGUUGUCAUUAAUAUACAACUCUCACCAGUAAUUAACCAGCUAGCUAUGCUAAAAUUUAACUACUUUACAGUAAUAUAAAUCAAACCCGGAAUUGCAUUAUCUGUGCAGCCGUUCAUCACAUACUCUUACACCUUCUCUGUGUUUUACGCCGGAAAUGGGAUAUCUUUUAUGGGAUUCUUCUUCAGAAGAUGGAUGCAGUAAGGGAUGGUUGAUGCUAGCUUGCACGGUUUUGUUAUGGAUCAUUAUCUAUAGAUGGAGCCAGAGGAACAGAAAAGGUCCCAAAUCAUGGCCGUUAGUAGGAGCAGCAAUUGAACAACUCAUGAACUAUAACAGAAUGCAUGAUUGGCUUGUCAAGUACCUGUCCGAAUCAAACUCUGUUGUUGUCCCAAUGCCGUUCACAACUUACACUUACAUUGCAGAUCCAGCUAAUGUAGAACAUGUCCUCAAGACCAACUUUGCAAAUUACCCAAAGGGUGAAGUGUACCAAUCGUACAUGCAAGUCCUGCUCGGAGACGGAAUCUUCAAUUCAGAUGGAGAAAUUUGGAGGAAACAGAGAAAGACUGCAAGCUUCGAAUUUGCAUCCAAGAAUUUGAGGGACUUCAGCACUGUUGUCUUCAGAGAUUACAGCCUAAAGCUCCAUAGCAUUCUGAGUCAAGCAUCUUUUCAAGGCCAACAUGUAGACAUGCAGGAAUUGCUGAUGAGGAUGACUCUGGACUCCAUAUGUAAGGUGGGAUUUGGUGUAGAGAUUGGAACCCUGGCUCCAGAUCUACCAGAUAAUCAGUUUGCCCAGGCCUUCGACACUGCAAACAUAAUUGUCACAUAUCGAUUCAUUGAUCCUCUAUGGAAAAUAAAGAAAUUCUUAAAUUGGGGAUCAGAAGCUUUACUUGACAAGAGCAUGAAAACCAUAGAUGAUUUUACAUAUUCUGUAAUUCGGAAGAGGAAAUCAGAGAUAAAAGACGCUCAACAGAGUUCAGAUAAAAACCUGCAAAUGCAUCAUUUAAAUAACCCAAAUCUUAUACAGAUGAAGCAUGAUAUACUGUCAAGAUUCAUCGAGUUAGGUGAAGACCCAGAAAGCAACUUAACUGACAAAAGCCUCAGGGAUGUUGUCCUCAACUUCGUAAUAGCUGGUCGGGACACAACAGCAACCACUCUCUCAUGGGCGAUUUACAUGAUAAUGACCCAUCCCGAGGUAGCUGAGAAGCUAUAUACGGAGCUUAAGACUCUUGAAGAAGAACAAGCACAAGAAGAGAAAGUUUCAUUACUCCAAUAUGACAAAGAGGACCUUGAAUCAUUCAAUCAAAGAGUGAAACAAUUUGCAGGACUCAUGAACUAUGAUUCAUUGGGGAGACUCUAUUAUUUGCAUGCAGUCAUCACAGAGACACUCCGUCUGUACCCUGCAGUCCCUCAGGACCCUAAAGGCAUAUUGGAAGAUGAUGUUCUACCAGAUGGAACAAAAGUCAGAGCAGGAGGAAUGGUGACCUAUGUUCCCUAUUCAAUGGGUAGAAUGGAGUACAAUUGGGGUGCUGAUGCUGCUUCAUUUAAGCCAGAGAGAUGGCUCAAUGACGGUUACUUCUUAAAUGCAUCGCCAUUUAAGUUCACCGCAUUUCAGGCAGGACCAAGAAUAUGCCUAGGGAAGGACUCUGCAUACCUCCAAAUGAAGAUGGUACUGGCCAUUCUGUGCAGAUUUUUCACAUUCACUUUGGUUCCCGGUCAUCCAGUUGAGUAUAGGAUGAUGACAAUUUUAUCAAUGAAGCAUGGCUUGAAGCUUACAGUAGCCAGACGCUCAUCAGAUGCAUGAUGCUUGUAGAGCCAUAAGUUCAUAAGUGUCAAAGAUAAUUGAAAGCAAAUAAAUGUAUUUUUCCAA